AUGUCGAUCUGCAUUAAAAUAUGUCCGCCUCGUAGCGCUUCUCGUUUGUCCAUUUUCACCUCUCCUGAGAUUGUGAACAGAGCUGUGGGCAAAAUGGAGAUGGCGAUGCUGUGUGGACGACAGACAAGUUUCUCCUGCCAACGAAGGCCACCUUCAAUGUGGGUUCGUCUCCAGUACCAUCCAGACUCGGUCGACAUCACUGCCCACGAGCGAGAUAAUGUUGACCAGCUUCACUCGCUCAGCCUCACCUCGACCUCGCCCUCGACCUCGAGUCUUGUCGUCUGA